AGACGUGUCGCAAUUCGGAUUUCUUCGAUGACCUGGGCCACGGCUUCGACAAGAUCUUCAGCGGCGUAGUGAACUCACAGAUUGAAAGUUACAAAACAUCAUGGACCCGUUGUCUCAAUUACCUACUAGAAGAACCAUUGGACUCAUCACUCAAGUUCAGCAAGAACGUCAAGGACGACAUCAAGGAGAGAUUCAAGGGUUUUAACACAGAGUUUGAGGAAAUCCGCCAGCGACAAAUGAAGUACUCAGUACCCGACGACGAACUCAAAGUUUUUCUGCGCAAACUCAAUGAAGAGAUUCUGCUGCCACACUACAAGGACUUCCGUUCCAGGGCCGACAAGAUCCACUUCAGCAAGAAUACGCAGAAGUACAUCAAGUACUCGGUGCAGUCGCUCAAGAUCAUGCUCAACAAGUUCUUCGACCCCAACGCCAAUAUCUAAACCAAUCCGUUAGUUAAGUGACCGUGCCAUCACAAGGAAUAAAGUAAACGGAUA